AGCAAAAUCUUUGAACCUUUUUUUUUUCUCUCCACUCUCCUUUUGCUUUUCAUAAAAAAUUUCUUCAUCUUCUCUAUACUUUUACUUAAUCACUAAGUCUCGUAUUGCUACUCUUUUUUUUUCUGUACUUAACCACAUCAUAAAAUCAUCAAGAGCUCUUCUGUUUUUUUUCCUCUUCUCCAAUGGAAAAUAGCAUAGAAAAAACCAAUAACCCAACUAAAUUCUAUACUCAUUUUCUCUACAAAGCUCUUAUAGUGUCAAUCUUCUUAGUUAUUCUUCCUCUUUUCCCUUCCCAAGCUCCUGAAUUCAUCAACCACACACUCAACACUAGAGGAUGGGAGUUUCUUCAUCUUGUUUUCGUAGGUAUAGCUAUUUCUUACGGCCUUUUUAGCCGAAAAAACGACGAAACAGAUAAAGAUUAUACCAAUAGCAACACUCAUAGUUCUAAAUUUGAUAAUGCCCAAUCCUAUGUCUCUAAAUUCCUUCAGGUUUCUUCGGUUUUCGAUGAUGAUUCUGAUAGUACUCCUUUGUCGAAAUCUGAUGGGAGUAUCCGUAAUAGUAAUAGUAGUAGUAAUAGUAGUAGCGUUCAGACAUGGAAUAAUCAGUACUACAGGAAUGAUCCUGUUGUUGCUGUUCUUGAUCAAGAACAGCGAAGUGGUGUUAUUUCAAGAAUUGGCGAAAAACCGCUUUUGUUGCCUGUUCGGAGCUUGAAAUCUCGUGUUUUGGAUACGGAUGGUGAUGAAAUUAGAAACGAAUCCUCUAAUUUCGGUUCUAAAAGAUUUUUGAAGGAAGAAGCUAUGAGCAGAAACGGCGAAUUUGGGUUGAAUUUUCAAGAUGUGGAAGAGAAGAAGAAGAAGGACAAUGUAGUGCUUCCUUCUCCAAUUCCGUGGAGAUCAAGAUCUGGCAGAUUGGAAAUGAAAGAAAAUAAACAAGAAACUGAAAAUCCUUCUCUGUAUAAUCCGUCGCCAAAUCUGUCACCAAAACCUGAUAACAGAACUUCAUCGGCGAACCUGUCACCUUCGGGGAAGAAAUUUUCUCCGUCGUCUUCUUUCUCAGCAGAGACACAAGGAAAAAGCGCAGAGGAUCAUUUCGUCAGGAAAAAAAGCUUCUACAGGUCUCCUCCGCCGCCGCCGCCUCCACCUCCACCGCCGACAUUCGUAAUUCGAAAUUCAAGGUCAAUAAGACCUAAUUCUACUGAAAUUGAAAAUGAUCAUAAUUCCCUAGAUAGCAGCUUAUCAAUUAGGGCAAAUAAAAGCAAUGAAGAACAAUUCGACGACAUGCUCGACAAUCAUAAAGCAUCAUACGCGGAGAAACUUGUAUCGGAAUCCGAUGAUGAUUUGGAAGAAACCGAGGAUGAUUUUGAUGAAGACGACAUUGCAAGAAGUCGUUUUAUUCCGAGAGAAAAAGAAGCGAAUUCCGGCGACGGAGGACCUGAUGUGGACAAGAAAGCUGAUGAGUUCAUAGCUAAAUUCAGAGAGCAAAUUAGGCUUCAACGAAUAGAAUCUAUCAAAUUAUCAAGUGGGCAGAUUAAGAGAAAGGCUUCAAGGUAACCUUCAAAGAUUUUUAUUUAUCUAUAUAAAUCAAACAGAAUUAAUUUGAAUUGAUGAUCAAACUUUUGUUAUCUUGAAAUAUUAUUAUAAACUGUUACUUGUUAUCAAGAAAUUUAAUUAGCACAUAAUUUAUCUCGUGGUAUACAAGAAUUACUUCAUUUUACUACAA